UGAAAUCUAAACCUAUACUUCUAUCAGACAGCAAAGGCAGUUAUAUACAUUCAAAUUUUCGUAAUUAUUUGUAAUUCAUUUCGAAUUCAUUUAUCGUGGUGGAGCCAGACUUGGAGACCAAUAUCACUGGUUAACAAGAAAUUUAAAAAGUAGAGUUGAAUUUUAUGGUUCAGUUACUCUCUAUAUUUGGUUAGGUACUUGUGACCUUACAUGUCGUGAAAGUGGCUCAAAAUUUAUUGUUUUACGACAUGGGUCUGACUCUGAGUGUUUUAGUUAUAUGGUUUAUUGGAUUCAAAAAUAUGAAAAUUUUGUUUCCAGAUUUCCAUCUGUGAGGAUUAUAUGGUUAGAUAUACCUCCAUAUUCAAUUUCCCUUUGGAAUAAGAGUCGUUUUCAUGGGAACUCAGAGCAGUUUAAGACUCAAGAUUUUUUGUUUUUGUUUUUGUCAAUGACUAUUUAAAGUCAAUUAAUUCUAGACGUGGUUAUUCGUCAAUUGGUUUUAGGGCUGAUCUUCUUCAUUACAGAAAGAAAAGUUCUAAAUCUUCCAACAGGUCAUCCAUUAAUUUUAAUUUAUACAAGGACGGUAUUCAUCCAGGCUUAAUUUUGUCUAAGUACUGGGCAAGGCGUUAUGCACAAAGAGCAAUUGUUGACUGUUCUUAGUGUUUGUUUUCUGGGGUGUGUCAUUGGUGUGGUUGGGUGCUAGUAGGUAGGGAUUGACCCAAUCACUGUACUGGCUGCACUUUUGGCUCAUUUUGGAUGCAGAUGCUGGGGUUGGUUGACAUUGUUUAGAGUGUAUUUGAUAACUGUUUUCAGCAUUGUACUGUAUUUCAAAUUACAUACAUGUACAUUGCUACAUUGUUUUUAUAUACAUACUGUGAUUUUUAAAUUGUGUUGUUAUAAAUAAAGGUUGAUUGUGAAAUCUUUGCAAAUUUCACAUUUCUUGUUUAGUGUGUGUGUUAUUUUGACACAAUUAGUUGGUCCAUUGGUUGUUUAGAAUCUUCAUUUACUGUUGUUUGUGUUUGAAUAUUUACUGUUUUUCGCCAACUGAACUAUUUUUAAAGUGUUCUAUUCUGUGUAGCUCAUUUCUUUUAUUUGAAUAAUGGCUUCUCAGGGUGCUGAUGGUGGUCAAUCUAAAAGUUUAUCUCAAGUUAUAGAUGAGAUAAAUAAAGGUCAAGAUUUUAGGGUUGUUUCUAAGACUGAAUAUGAUAAAUUUAUUGAUUUUCAAAAGUCUUCUUUCUCACAGAGUACACCUCAUUUGAGUAGUAAACCUAAUGUAGGAAGAGGUAGGGCUUCAUUAUUUGCUAAUUUAGCUGACCAUACUCCAGAUAAGACACCGCAUAGUUUAUUUAGUAAACCACAUAGUGUAAGUUUUCCUUUUCAGACUGUAGAUGAAUUAUCUGUUGAUGAUCAUUACAGUGAUGAUAAUUACAAUGAGGGGCACAUUAAAAAGGAUUCUUUUAACUCUACAAUCCUUGGUGCUCACUACAUUCCCAAACUUCCAAUUUUUAGUGGUUCUGAAGAUGUACCUAAGGGUGAGGUCAAGUUUGAUGUUUGGCAAUUUGAAGUCAAAUGUUUAAUAAGUGACAGCCAUACUCCACAGUCCCUUAUUCUUCAAGCUAUCAGAAACUCUCUGAAAGGUCAAGCUAGGUCCAUGUUGGUUUCUGUAGGAGAACAAGCAACUCCUUCAGAUAUUAUCAAUAAAUUAGAUGGUUUUUAUGGAACUGUAGAAAGUGGUGAGGACUUGAUGCAGUUGUUUUAUAAUGAUUGCCAGAAACCAACAGAAACUAUUGUUUCCUUUGGAGUUCGGUUAGAAGAAACUCUUUCUAAGGCAGUUCAAAAAGGUCACAUUGAUAAUGUUGCGAAAGAUUCGAUGCUUCGCAACAAAUUAUGGAUAGGUUUGUAUGAUAAGGACUUGAAAAGAACUACCCAUCAUUUGUACAAUAAUAUUAAGGAUUUUAGGUCUUUAUUGCGUGAAAUUAGGAAAGUGGAGCAACAAGAAUUGGCAAGUGUAACUAGGUCAAAUUCUUCUUCUAAACCUAAAGUGGUACAACAACAAGUAGGUCAAGUAGAAAAUCAGAAUGAUUCAAAUGCUCUGGUUUUAAAACAGUUACAAGAGCUUAUGAACAGAAUGAAGACAUUAGAAACCAAAAUGGAGUCUUCAUCUGCAAGUAACCAGCAGCAAUUCAGAAAUAAUAACUUUUCUGGUGGUUACAGUAGAGGUAGGUUUUAUAACUACAAUCAGAAUAGGGGUAGAUAUAACAAUUCUGGUCAGUAUAGGGGCCAAGGUAGAGGUUAUGGUAGAGGUUUUAGAAAUGGAAGUAACAGAGGUAGUACCAAUGGCCAAGGUAUUACCCCUGAUAGUUCAAAGGAUGUUAAACCACAGCCUGAUCCUUUAAUAGUCUUAACUGUUGAUAAGAAAAGAAAAUGCUUAUAAAUUUGCAUUUUGUUUACACUUACAUUAAUUAUUGACGCAAGAGGUGAUCUUGUAAGCCAAAGCACUUGGUAGAUAAUUUCAGUUGCACAUUAGCUCUUGCGUAAAAUGAUGUUUGACUUUGAGACCAAGUCCCCCACCCCUCAACUGAUACCCCUCAACUUUGGGUCAAGCCUAGCGGUAGCCCCUUGAUUUUUUUUGUGUCCACUUAGGCUUCGAGUUGAAUCAAUGAUCUGAGAAAUAAUUGUUAAUGGUACAUAAACAGAUACAAUUUUAAACUAAGUGUUAAUAUUUUCAAUAAACUAGAUCUAUUCUGCUAAUUAUAGAAAUUAGAAUUGACCGUUUUGGGAAUAUUGACCUUUUCGAAAACCUAGCUAAACACCGUUUUCCGGUACGUUACCAUUUUAGCUCUGGGGAAUUACACCAAAUGAAGUACAUAACACAGUUACAAGAUAUGCCUAUUUUUCUAUCAUUAUUUAACUGUUUUAGGUGAAAUAAAUUGAUGUUUUUGAAAAUUAUCAAUAUUUGUUUCAUAUCUAUUGCAAAUUAUUAAAUUAUUAAAAAUAAAUAGUUUAUAACGAAAAUAAAUAAAAAUCAAACAGACGUAGUGGAAUCUUCCAUAUUAAAUAAGGUUAUUUUCUGCGUAAACUUGUGUAUUUACUUUAUUUUUUUAUGGAAUUAUUCAUACAAUGAUAUUUAAUUAUUUUCAUAUAAAGAAAUAAGUGUUUUAUUUCAGUUUAAUUUUAAAAAAAGGCCGAAAACAUUGACUUCGCUAUUACACUCCAUUAGGUGAAUUCCCCAGAGCUAUGUACAGAAAGUACCGGAAAACGGCGUUUAGCUGGGUUUUCGAAUUUGUGAAUUGACUCACAGACCUACAGUACAGGUACCAUUUUGGUGAAAAUGGUUUUGUCAAACUACUGGUUCGGCAAACUAAUGUUAUACAAUAAAAAAGUUUGUGGUUUCGGCUGUGACGGUAGAUUCUGUCCCAGGUUUCGGCUAAGCACAGAUUUAUAUUACAAUAUACAAUGUAUAUCUGUGGCGAACUGAAUUUAAAGUGUUAAAAAUAUCUAUUGAAGGCCUAUAUGAUAUAAAGGCUAUAUUGGACACGCCAAUAGUCAUACAUGAAGGUGUUAAUUUGUGGUUUAACAUGCAAUUUCAUGCAAUUAAAGACAAGCUCUUUGAAAAUUUGAACUUUUACUUUAUUCAAUAUUUUCUUUAGUAUAAUAACUUUAAAAUAUUCAGAAUCUGUCACACUUUUUCAUAUAUUAAGUUCACUGAACUGGUAGUUCACCAAAACCACUAUAAUUGGUACCAUUAUAACUGGUUAAAACUGAGUUUGAACUGUCAGACUGUAAUACAUUCAGUAGAAAGAAAUGGACCAAAAAUGAUAUUCCAUACUUCAGAAAUGUGAAAAUUUAUUAGAAUAUCUUUUUU